UUGAAGAAAACCAUCACCAUCAUGGACCGGGAGCUUCCACGUUCUGAGCUCAGCAUCAAUAACAGGAAUGAGCUUCGGAAUGUCCUACACCUGCACUCCUUGUACAAGCAGAACAAGGCAAAGGAGAACCCACUGAAAACACUUCUUGAAAUUAUUACUAAUUACUUCCUUGAACACCGUGGGACUUCCAGGAGCACUGGUUCCAGUUCUACUCUGUCAGCUCCUCAGAGUAAGAGCUCGACAUCCCAUCCACCCGACCUCUUGGAUGAGGAUCAUGUGCAUGGGAAUGCCAUUACACUUGAUGAAAGCAAAACUCAAGCUUCCAGAUAUGAUGUUGAGAAUCCACUGGAUAAAAUUCCUUCAUCCAGAAGGCAUCAGCACAGAAGUGAAAAGUGCCACACAGGAACAAUACCCAACAGCCACUUACCCUCUGAUGGGGACAAAAAGUUAAAAGAUAGUCAAGAAGAUUUAAAAGCAGCAACGAUUUCCGAGGAGACGAAAUCCACAGUGAAGGAGAAGUCAAAGCUCAGGUCUGGUCUCAUUGCCAGAGGAAUGAUGGUUGGACCAGUAGCAAGUUCACCAGAGGAUCUCCAAAAAAGGAGGCUUUCAAGAAGAUCCACCAGCAUAAGCAGCACAGCACAGGUCAAGGGUGAAGAGCAUGAAGAACAUGACCUGAGAGUCCCAAGUACUGAUUUUCAGGAAAGCAGAGGAUCUCCAACACAAGUAAACGUGGAGUUUGCAUCAAAGACUGUGCCAGGCUCACACAUGAGUUCAGCCUCUGAAAAACUAAGGAAUGUCCCCAAAGAUCCAGAUGACUUUAUUGCCAGGCUGCUGUCUGAGAGAGAGAGGACCAAGACAGAGGAAAGAAAAUCAGUUCCAAGCUUUGGUGCAGACAGCAGUGAAAAAAGCCUUAAAGUGAGUGCCCCUCACAGGCAUUCGGGGUCUGGGAGAGAGAAAAGGGAAAGAUCCCUCAAGAAAAGUGAGAGUCGGUUGUCAGGCCACAGGAAGUCUCCAACAUCCACUGGCUAUAAAGAAGACCAAAUGAAAGAAGUCCUAGAAUUAGUCAAUGUUGAGGAUGAAGAAACAACUGGAGAAAUUAAUAAGAACCCAGACCUUUCAACACUGUACAUGCUUCAAAUAGUACCCAAGGCAAUUGAUAUUUCUCUUGCAAAAGAAUUAAAAAACCUUUUGUUUGGCUCUAGUCUUUGUUGCUUCAGUGAAGAAUGGAAAAUCCAGAGUUUUACAUUUAGCAAUAUACCACAGUUAAAAUAUGGCAUUGUGCAGAAAAAGGGUGGCCCAUGUGGAGUCCUGGCUGCAGUUCAAGCCUGUGUCCUGCAGCAGCUGCUCUUUGCAGACAGUAACAGGAAUAAAGACACCCGUUGUCUCCAGCCCUCAGAAGUUUACAGGACCAAGUGCCUGACCAUGGCCAUCGCAGACAUCCUGUGGCGAGCGGGGGGCCACGAAAAAGCCAUCGUGGCCCUGCCAUCAGGAAGACAACAGUUCACUCCCAUAGGAAAAUACAAGGCAGAUGGAAUCUUAGAAACUCUGAUACUACACAGUGCCACGAGAUAUGAAGACCUGAUUGUGUUUCUUCAGCAGAACAUUCACCAGUUCGAAAUUGGUCCCUGUGGGUGCAUCCUCCUGACUGUGUCUGUCAUCUUAUCAAGAUCAAUCAAUCUUUCUUCACAGAUGGAUUAUGACAAGGCCAAUCAAUCAUCUGUGUUUGUGUUUGGGGGAGCUGUGUCUAAAGUGAACAUGAAAAUUGCUUAUGGUGCCUAUUUGCAUUUUGAAGAACUGGUGAACCUGCUUUUGACUGGCAAAGCUGUGUCCAAUGUUUUCAACAACGUGAUAGAGCUGGACUCUGGCAAUGGGAAUAUCACGAUCUUGAAAGGCAUCACCAGCCGCAGUGACAUCGGUUUGCUGUCUCUCUUCGAGCACUAUGAUGUCUGUCAGGUUGGUUGCUACUUGAAGACCCCCAAGUACCCAAUUUGGCUGGUAUGCAGUGAGAGCCACUUCAGUGUCCUUUUCUGCUUGGAAAAGGAUUUACUCAGUGACUGGAAAACGGGAAGGAGAUUUGACCUUUACUACUACGAUGGCUUGGCCAACCAGGACGAGGAGAUCCGGCUGACAGUCGAUACAACUCAGGUGUGCACUGAAGAUAAAGAAAAUGAUCUCACUCCUCCACUUGAGCAUUGUAUUAGGACAAAGUGGCAAGGAGCUGUCAUCGACUGGAAUGGCACGGAACCAAUCUUGUGACUGACAUGACCUGCACUUCAUUGGCCAGGACAAAAAGGAAAUGACUGAAUUAGCACAUUCCUAUUCCCACCAAUAAAGGAAAUAGGACAAGAGUUGUGCAGUGUCUGUUGAGGAAGAAUGACAUGGUUUACAGGCUGGAGGAGUUUCACCUCAAUCACCUUGUGCUUCAGAUAUUUUGCGUAAAAUAUAAACAACACUUACGUAAAUCCCUUGUCACUGCCUUCAGCAUAAAACUUCUGAGGGCAGGCUGAGUUCCCACCACCAAACCAAGGUUACAGAUGAAGCAGUGAAGUCAUCAACGUCCCCUUGAGGUCUCUUUCUGGAUCCACUCUGUAUCCUGCAAUUGUUUGAAAGCAUCUGAUGAAAGAUGCUGAACCCAGAUUUCUCUCUCUGGGCAUGCCUUCUCUGUACUGCCUUGUUCUCCUCCAGCAAAACUCCAGUGCCAGUAUAAAAUAUCAUCUGAGAAAAAUAUAUUCACUUCCUUACCUGCUAUUAUAAGCACUAAAUAGAUUGGUGACCGUAAGGGCUUUUCAGAUAAAGCCUGGCCUAUACAAAGUUCUUGUUGUGUCAUAAAUUUGCAGUAAGAAUUGUGGUUUUGUGUUACCAAGAUAAUAGCACUAGUACAUUCUUGCUACUGGGUGCAGUUGGUGUGUAACAGUGCCUCGUGCUGAUAUAGCUCAUUUUUCUUCCUGGAUAAGAGGCAGCUGUAUCAGUAUCUUUACAUUUAUACUGUUACUUAUACUCCCAAGUUACAGAUUAGAUCUGUGGUUUGCUCCUUCAGAAUUACAAAUAAACCAUAAGAGUUGUUAGGUUUGAAAUUUAAAUGGUGCCUAUCUGUGAUAGAUACCAGUUUUCAUGAUUAAAUAAAGUGCAUGUACUGGAAUGAGGUACCGUGGAGACAUAUCAUGAGGUACUGAAGCAGCAGUUUGUAUUCUGAAAUUAAUUCUGUAAGUGACAUGUUUUAGCAGCACUUGACCAAAAUUGGAACAAGUUACUGUACUGAAGAUUGGAAAAAAAUGCCUUGGAAAAAAGGCAGAUAAGUGGUCUUUCUAGAAUUAUUCCUCUCUCUUGAGUGAAUAUUUCAUG